UUCAUGAUUUACAAUUUCAGAUGUUUAGCCGUGAAAAUCGUGAACUCAUAUGAUCCUUCUGGUCCCGCACCACAAGGUCCCUCGGCGCGUAGUUCUCAUGUGUUUUACUCAGAGACUGCCGUAAUAAGUAGUAGAAAUGGAAAUGUUGGCUUUACCGAUGACAACCCACCUAGAAGCCCAAAAAUUACAACUACUUUUGCUAAUGACAGCUGUGAUGAUGCCUCCUCCACGCCAUCUUAUUAUCAAACGCCCACUUCUAGCUCACGUAGUCCGAAAGACAUAUCUUCGCGAGGUAAUUCGGUGGAUUCUCCUUCUUCUUCUAGCUUUUUAAGUGGCCCUGCGACAGCAUCACCUCGACGAAGCCCUAAUUCUCCGAGGAAGUUCGUGUUUGAAGCCAUUAGCCCUGUAGUGGAUCCUUUUUAUAAAAAAUUUGAAUAUUACGAGCCCAUAUCUCCUGAGGGUGAUGUAACUUCUAAGUCCUAUCAAAUGAAUAGUGAAGAGUACUUCGGUACUCCACCGCAGAUGCCAGGAUCACCAACAUUUUUUGGGCCAAGAAGGCAAAAUUCAAAAAAUCAUAGACGUACCUCACCAUUAGACAUAGGUUUACGCUUCCAUGACAGCAAUCAUGGCAGCGAAGAUACAAAACCACUGGGGUGGGAAAUGCCUCAAAUUGACGAGAAUUGCUUGAACAGUGGAAAUUUCUACAUGAAAAGAGAUUCCUGCGUCACAGAGAGUACUCAACUCUCCCUUGAGUCGAAUGACACCAAUAGUACAAUCGCUACGGCUACUACUUCUUUCAGUUUCUCCGAAACUUACAAAACUGAUUGCAUUUCGAAGAAAAGUAUUUCUAGUGAAAUGAUCCCUUCAGAUCAACGUGGAAAAAGUAAACAUCGCCGUCAUGGCAUUCAUAUAACUUCUAAUCCCUGCUAUCAGGUACUCCAUAGCUCUCAUUCAACGUUAGAUCGUACUUAUUCAGACAGUAUUACGUCGUUGCGACACCGUAAAUCAACCAGUGAUUUGACCAAACAUUCCGAAGGUGGUCCACCCAAGCAAAGAACUCUUGACGACUCUCACUCUUUAGGUAAUAAGCCUAGACGAAGAGGAAGUUCCAAAGGGGGACUAGCUUACUUAGCUAGUCGGCGCAAUUCUCGGGACUCUAUGAUUAGUAACACAUCUGUUUUUUCAAACGAUGAUAUAGGGCCACUGGCCUUUCAAGUAUCAAAACGCGGCCAACAACGCCGAACCUCAAACUUCCUUGAGCUUCCAGUUCCAGAUCACAUACGACCACGCGUAUGCUCUCUUCCUGACCGGCCAUAUAAUCCACGUGCUAGUGAUGAUCUUUACCGAUUGAGGCAUUUCUCGAUAAGCAAAGGGAAUGUUGUAAAUUGCGGAGACUCCAUUAUAUCAAGACGUUCACGCAGUAAUACGAGCAUUAAUUCUACUAACAGCAGAGCUAGUGAACGUUCACCUUUUGAAGGAUCGUGUUGCGGUGGCGGAUAUGCCAACGUUGAUUCAGUACCAAGUUCACCAGAUGAUUCGGAAAGCCUUGAGCCACCACCUCCACCUAGGUAUCGUAUAGUUAUGUUAGGUGAUUCUGGUGUUGGGAAGACUGCCUUAGUAAACCAAUUUAUGACUUCGGAAUAUAUGCACACUUACGACGCCAGUCUAGCUGUGGUCCGUAGCCCGUCGUUACCAAUGUGUGACAAGCUUCACUUAUGGACUGUUUGUAUUUUGGAAGGAAUUGUGGAAAAUACUAAGCACAACGAAGAAAUAUUUUACAAUGAAGCAGUCACGCUGAUCAUGACACCUAGUAUCAUUUAUUUCCUCAAAUAUUAUUAUACCCAUGACGAAUUCGGCGAAAAGACCGUGAGCGUACUAUUGGAUGAUGAAGAAUCUGAGUUGGUGUUCAUCGAUCACCCAAGCGUGGAAAUGAGUGUUGAAAAUUGUCUAUCAACAUAUGAGCCGCAUGGCUGUGUUGUCGUCUUCUCUGUGGUCGAAAAAUCGUCGUUCCGUGCAGCAGAGGAAAUAGUUAAGUACCUGUGGCAGGAGAACUACAUCAAAGAUAAGGCUGUCAUUCUAGUGGGAAACAAAGCCGACCUAGCCCGUGCUCGAGUAAUAACAUCCCAAGAAGGAAAGGCUUUAGCUGCUUCACACGACGCAAAGUUUAUAGAAACAUCCAGUGGCAUCCAACACAAUGUUGAUGAAUUGUUGGUGGGAAUACUAAAGCAGAUGCGUUUAAAGGAAUUACGUGAAAAGAAAGUUACCUCAACGAAACUGAAAACUUCCCGUACACACAUAUCUCUACAUUUGGCUAAGGAAAUACUGCAAAAAAUAUGUCUCAGCGAUAUUUCCAAAUCAAAAAGCUGUGAGAAUUUACAUGUCCUGUAAGGAUCUCGAAAUAAUGGCUACUUCAAAAAGUCAAGUUGUCAACGUACAUGGAUAUGUUUAAGUAAAAAUUACAAACAGUAAAAAAUAUGAAGAACCUACCGUUUGAAAGCAUCACUGGAUGUUUUGAGAAUAUAAGUUUUAUAUUGUA